AUGACUGGAAGUAAUGCUGCUUUAAACAUUUUUAAAGGGCUAAGAUCGAUCUUAAUAAACGAAGUGAAUGGCGCAUACGCUAUACCAGUCAUUCAACAAAGGACCAAUCAGCUCAAGGAGUUUCUUCAAGAUAAAUCGUCAAAAGCUCUACGAUCGAAAUGGGGCCAAAAAGUUCGCGAUGCUAAAGGAUUUUAUCAAUUAGAAAUGUCUCCUCCAAAGUUUGAUGAAGUAAAGAAAUUGAAAGAAGACCUUGUCCUCGUCAAAGAUUUCAUUGGAAAUGGCUGUUUUAAAUACAUAACAGUCAAACAAGCCUGGCUUCUUUUCUUAGUUGGCUUGGAAAUCAUCUUGUGGUUUUUCUUAGGAGAAACCAUCGGGAAAAUGCACAUUGUUGGUUAUAAGGUGUAAAGAUUUAUUUUUGUCAAGAUUUAUGCUUAUUAUGUCUUCUAAAUAAACGUAUUUAUAGCAAAAAA